AUGGCGUCUCCGAGUUGCAUGGGUCCGCAGAAGAAAAUAAGCAUAAACGUCGAUACGAGCAAAACGCCGAGGCUGCUUUCUUCGGGCGCCGCUUAUCAGCUAAAAGUAUUUCAGGCAGCUAGUUCCUUUGCCACCGAAAAUAGUCACCUUCAGAUGCGCUGGUUUUUCAAUUGUAAAGGAGAAAUUGUUAUAGAUUCGUUGGUGCGCGUCCCUUCCGACCAAUCGCUCGUAUUGUACGAUGGGAAAAAGAACGAGCAGUACGACGAAGACAACGAAAUUACGGCUAAACGUUCACGUCUUUCAAAACAACUACCUCUCCAAAACGCGAGCAUUUCACGACAAUUGCAAGAAUUGAAAAUCGAGGUGUACUCCGAUUUGGAAUAUCAUUCAUCUAACGAUGAUUGGUCUAUCGUGAUCGAUCGCGACAUGUUUUCGGUCAAAGGAAAAAGCCUAAUUGAGAAAUUGACGAUGAAAUUCAACGCAUCUCUGGAAUCUGAUCGAUUUUACCGCAUUUCUUUGCGACGAUUUUCGAACGUUGUCGUCAACAAGGGUCGCUGUGCUCUACAAAGACCAAAGCGAGCAUUCGUAAUUAAAACCGAUAAACACGAAUCGGUAGAUGAAUGUUUAUCACCCAACGAAGAUCAACAGAAUAUCGUCAAAGAAAUUGAAAACGUUCUCGAUCGCUUGUCGUCAACGACCGAUUCGAAAGCCAGUUCGAAAUCCAGUUCAUAUGCCGAUUCGAAUGUUAUAUUGGUAAACAGCGUAGCGGGAUCGGGAAAGACGACCAUGUUGUAUUUUCUUCGACAUAGGAAAAUUCUCUAUUUGGCGACAUCGAAAAAAUUAGUUGCUGAGGGAAGUGAGUACGGUGUUGAGGCGCAAACGAUUUGCAAAUUUUUUAUGAAAGCUUUCGGUUGGCGUUUCGAUGAGUACGUCGAGGCAGUGGAAGAACUGACCAGUGGUGACAGUUGGGAAAAAUCGUUUGAAGAAAACCAUUACGACGGUAUUAAAGAAAGAUACGACAUUAUCUUUAUAGAUGAAGUAUCUUUGAUUCAAUCGACUUUACUACGUGAGCUUACACGAAUCGCCGGACGGCAUACUUUAGUUGUCACGCUAGUCGGCGACGUCAAUCAAUUAUCUGCCAUCGGAGCCGACGAACACGAUCUGUAUAAAUGUCUUAGUUACGUGGACAGAGUAUUUUUUAUCAAGCAACAUAUGCGCUCAAAAUGCGAUCCACGAUUGACGGGAUUGUUGAGACAGUUCGAAGCUGGCGAUGCUGUAAAUUUCGACACGUUGAAGACGCUGCAAAAGUCCGAAAUCGGCUUAAGGCAGCUUUUCAACUAUGAUGGAUCUUUUCGAGAGUUUCGAUUCAUUUCCAAAAAUAACAGCAACGUCGUUUUACUGAAUAUGGCAUUACUUAAACUGAGAUACAUUCUAUUUGAAACCGAAACUUAUUUUGAAAGAUGCCAUUUAGUGACGAUGAAACCGGGCAAAGUUGACGAAGACCUCGUUAACGAAAACGAUAUCACGGUGGCGCUCCAGGUAGGUGCGCCGUACGUUUGUUUGGCGGACACUUGUAAACCCAAAGGGACCAGAUUUCGUUUGAAAACAAUCAACAGAGGCGAAGACGGAUUGGUAAUGUCCGUGGACGUCGAGCAUGACGACGGAACAAUUUUAACUUUGUAUCGGAGGAUGCACGAAUACACGCUGUAUGGUCGGGAACAUUCCCGCGUAGGGUUUCCCUUGCUGGCAGACUUGGCCGUGUCAGUACACCGUUGCCAAGGUAGUACAUUCAAAGGGACCGUGUACAUCGAAAUGAACAAAAUGUCCCGAUGCGAGGCCUACGUAUGCCUAUCUCGGGCGACACACUUGCGAAAUAUUCAACUUUUGUGA